AUGGAAGAUUCAUUGAAUGAAAAUGUUCAAAAAGCAAAAGAGAAAAAAGGGAUAUUUGAAAUUGGAAAUCCUUUUGGCCGAAGUGUAGCGGGAUUUGAAGGUGGUGAUGUUCAAGAAAUUCCUCAUCCAAAAACAAAGGCAACUCAAAAUAAUGUGAGUGGGAAUAAGGGAAAAAGAAAGGCACAUGGCAUUGAAUCUUAUAUGACAGGUAAAUCUCUUGAUCGUUCUCAACUAAGUAUCAAGUCUUGUAUGCAAAGUAAAGAGAGAUGGCAUGAUACUGACAUGGCUAUAGCUUUGUGGUUUUAUGAUGCAUGUAUUCCAAUGAAUGCUUGUAAUUCUCCCUAUUACCAACAAGCAAUUGGAAAAAUAGCAAGUAUGGGUUCUGGUUAUCAAGGACCUAGCUAUUAUGCUUUAAGGGUUAAUUUGUUGAAAGAUGCAAAGAAGCAAGUUGAAUUAAUUGUUGACAAUUUACGUAGUAAAUGGGCUGAAACUGGUUGUAGAAUUAUGGGUGAUGGCUGGAAGGAUAAUAGGCAAAGAAAAAUUGUUGAGAUUGUCGGAUCUAGUAAUGUUGUUCACAUGGUCACAGAUAAUGCAAGUAAUUAUAAAGCUACUGGUCGAUUACUUUCUGAAAAAUAUCCUACAAUUAGUUGGUCUCCUUGUGCAGCACAUUGUUUGAAUUUAAUUAUGAAAGAUGUUGGAGAAAUGACUCAUGUGAAAGAUGUAAUUACUCUUGCUUCAAGAGUCACUGUGUAUGUACAUAAUCGAAAAUGGAUUCUUAGUUGGUUAAGAAAAAGGCCUGGUUGGAGAGAGAUUCUUCGUCCUGCGGAAACACGAUUUGGUACUAAUUUUAUUGUUUUGAAGAAUCUUCAUGAUUUGAAACAGCAUUUGGAGGCUUUAGUGACUUCUAGUGCAUAUAAGAGAGAGUUGAAAAAUGAAAAACGUAAAGACGUCAAACAAAUUAUUGUUGGGAAGUUUUGGAAUAAUUGUUUGAUUAUUGUGAGAACUAUGGGUCCAAUUAUGCGCUUGUUGCGCAUUUGUGAUUCUGAUGAAAUACCAUCAUUGGGUUAUGUAUAUGAAGGCAUGUGGAGAGUUGUUAAUGGCAUUAAAGAACUGUUUAAGAACAAGAAAAAGUUCUACGGCCCAUACAUUGAUAUAAUUGAUAGGAGGUGGGAUAAUAUGUUGAAAAAAGAUCUUCAUGCGGCUGCCUUUUGA